AUGAGAAGAGAAAAUUUCAUUAGACAUCCGCAUUAUCCGGAGAUAAUCAAAUUCAAGAUCGGCUCUGUCAAGACCAUCUCGACUCUUUCCAAUUCAAACAAUGAUGAUGAUUUCAACACGUUUGAGCGUCUUUCAAUGAAUGGAGAUGGCUUUCACAAUAAUCAAGAUAAUUCUAGCACCUGUGGCGAUUUAGAAAAACUAGGCUGCUUAUUUACCUCCAACCCUAAAAACAAUAACUUCGAUAAAAUGUAUUAUGACAUUGAGGACUAAUAACCUUCAUUUGAAGAUGAUUUUCAGCAAAGCAGCCUGAACACAUUUAAUAAGCUAAAUAAUUCAUUACUAUCACCGUCAAGUAAAAACAACAUAAAUUAGUAGAAUAUGAUUAAUCAAAAUUUUCACAAUGCUCAUCAUUAGUACUAGACGAACCUCAACAAUAGCGGUUACUAAAACAGCAACUUUUCACCUAACAUGCAAACUUGGCAUUAACAAAACAGCAAUUUUAAUGAGCAAAAUUCAAUUUACCAAUGCCAAAAUGAAUAUGAUGUUCAGUAGAUGUCAUAUUAUCAUCAGAAUUUUCAGGAAUAACUUAGGGAAAAGAUUGAUGUGCCUAAUUAGCAGCAGCAAUAUGUCUCUAGCAAUCAGCUCCUCCAAUCAACUUUGAGGAAACUUGAUCGUAUUGGAUUUAGCAAGGGUACAUUUACCUGCAGUACUAAAAGUGCCUAUUCUUUCAAAGAGGAUAUUCUUUCUGAGGAAUAAGAUGGAGAUGAUGAGGAUUCUAUUCAGUAAGCAGAUGCAAUCAUGGACGAGUAGGACGAACUGGAUGAAAUAUAAUCAGACACAGGAUCAGCUGUAUUUCCUAAUGCAGAUACCAGGUCUGUUUAAGGAGAUCUAGAAAUGGAAGCUCCAAGUUACUACUGCUUCUUUUGCCGUAAACCACACAAUUAAAAUGGUUUCGAAUCAUAUCCUUGUUAAGACUAACUGUCUUAAUUUAGUCAUAUUCAAACUUAAUAACAAACCUUUUAAUCACCCUAAUAGUAAAAUUACAAUCAAACUUAGAAGGCCUUUAUGAAAAAGGUCGCUAAGCUAAACUAUCAAAACUUGAAACUGAUAUAAGAAUCCUAAGAAGAGGAAUGCUUUAAUCACUUCAAGCACACUACAACAUUUACAACAACUACAACAGCAACUAAGAGUAGUUGUUGUGGUAGUGAAUGCUAGUAAAGAAGUUCUCAAAAGAAAACCAUUAGGACUUUAAUAAUGGAAGAUUAAAUGAGUACUUGCAGUUGUGGAAGGAAGUCUAUCAAAGGUAGUGAAUGUGGAGGUAGUAUUUAUGGUGGGCAAGGUAGCUAUGCUGGAAAAGAUUUAAUUAAAAGCAGUAACUUGUCGGAUCUUUCAUCACUCAAUGAAUUCCAAGAAAUGUCAUGGACACUAAGUGUACCAAAUGGCUAAGGAUUCCAUGUUCCUCAAAACCUAAAUUUCAAGAAGGGACCAAGUUCAAUUAACUCAGUGAAGACAUCAAUUGCCUCUUGUAAGGGCAAUAUCAGUGUGCAGGAUUCUUACAGUUCAUAACUAAACACUUCAGUAAAUAAAAAUGUGAGGUUUCAGAUUGAGGAUGACGAAGAGUUGUAUUAAAAGCAAAAAGCAACAUUAGAAAAUCAAAUGAAUCAAACAAUGCAAAGAAGAUGGUUCGUAGAUAAAUCGGGCUACGUAAAGACUCAAUCUCAAUGCUAUGUCAAAAGACAUAAAACUCCUGAGACUUCUCCUGCUCUUGAAGUUUAUCCAAGAAUAAUCAAGGGAUUGAAAUAAAAAGUUAAGAAAUCUGGUGAGACACCAGUUUAAAACAUUUUAAGAAGAAGCAAUAGAAACUUAAGGUUAAAGUUUGGAAACAAGCUCUAAGAUCAAGAUGGGUUAUUCCGCCUUACUCUGAGAAAAACUGCACUAGAUCUGGACGAAAUUGAAGAUAACUACUAAGGAGAGGAAUCGAGUCUCGAAUCCUUUCAUACUAACAGAAACAGCAGUAUUAAUUCUAGAGGAUAGCAGAUUCCAGAAGAGUCUCCACCUCAAGAAAUCAAAAUUAAACAAAUAAAUAGAAUAUAGAGAGAGCUUGAACACAAAGAGGGAAUGAAUUAAGACUAAAUGAGUAAUUAUCUUAAUAAAGGCUAACUCUAAUAAUCAAACUUAAGAAUAAGAUAAAAUAAAUUUUUCAGAGACCAUUAAGCACAGCAUACAUUUUAGAUUCCUAUCAUAAAGGAAAUAAGGUAAAAUAACUCAGACGAAUUUAAUUCAUUAAAACAUGCUCAUUCAAAUAGUUCAAAUUAAAGCAAUCAUCAAUUUACCUCAGCCAAUCAAAGUUAACUUCAAAAUGGUAAUUAACAAAUCAAUGAUCAAUAAUAAGUCAAGAAUAUUAUGAUUGGAAAUUUGAGUAUCAAUGAAAGAUUUUAAAAAGUUAGAGCAUUUUGGGAGAAAAGGAAGAGAAAGUCUUUAGAGAAGCAGACUAAAUAUGCCAAGAAGAAAAAACAAGCAGAUAAGAAGCUAAGAAUUAAUGGCAGAUUUGUAAGCCUAAAACAAGCCAAGAAUGUCCUUAAUAUGACUAAAAAAGAGUUUCAGAAAGCUAUAAAGCAAGAAGGUGCUAAGAACCUAGAUUCCAAGAAGAUCAAAAAGAAAAGGAAAAUCGAUGCUCAAGUAAUCAGGCCUGACAUAAAAAAGAUCAUCAAAUUAUCAAACGCAUAGGAAAUAUUAAAGGUCAAGAAGAGGAAAACUCAAAAAGCAAAGAAAAACGGGGUGAAUGGAUGA